GCGCCCGGGCUGACAGCGUGCUGCAGAGGCAGCUGUUGCAAUCUGGUUUUUGGAAGGAUACCUGCCCAGGCGGUGAAUCCACGUUCUACCUGUCCUAGAGGUCGUCAUGCCUUCUGUGCCCCCAAGCUCAGAUUCUGCCACCUGCCCCCACCUGGCCGAGAACCACGUGACCAACGGCAACGUGGCAGCCGACCUUGGGGUUGAUCGGAAGUGGAUUCGGCCGGACCUUGCAAGCAAGUGCACGUGGGCCCCGGGCAGACCCCAGACUGACUCUCCGCAUCGCCGCGUGGAAGUGACGCCGAGUCCACACGUCCUUCCCAACAUCCUGCACAGGAUCGGCGACACUCCGCUGGUCCGCAUCAACCAGAUCGGGAAGAAGUAUGGGCUGAAGUGUGAGCUCUUGGCAAAGUGCGAGUUCUUCAAUGCGGGCGGCAGCGUGAAGGAUCGCAUCAGUCUGCGCAUGGUGGAGGAUGCAGAGAAAGAUGGAAUCCUCAAACCAGGAGACACCAUCAUAGAACCGACGUCCGGGAACACGGGCAUUGGUCUUGCUCUGGCGGCUGCGGUGAAGGGCUAUCGCUGCAUUAUUGUCAUGCCGGAGAAGAUGAGCAUGGAGAAGGUGGAUGUGCUACGGGCUCUCGGUGCUGAGAUUGUUCGCACUCCGACCAACGCUCGCUUCGAUUCCCCAGAGUCCCACGUCGGAGUCGCCUGGAGGCUAAAGAAUGAAAUCCCCAACUCGCACAUCCUGGACCAGUACCGGAACGCCAGUAACCCCCUCGCUCACUAUGACACCACAGCAGAAGAAAUCCUUGCGCAGUGUGAAGGCCGCUUGGACAUGUUGGUGGCUGGCGCUGGAACUGGAGGAACAAUUACUGGAAUAGCGAGAAAACUGAAGGAGAAAUGUCCAGAGUGCAAGGUAGUUGCCGUGGAUCCAGAAGGUUCUAUCCUGGCAGAACCUGAGGAGCUGAAUCAGACAGACAAGACCGGGUAUGAGGUGGAAGGCAUUGGAUAUGACUUCAUUCCAACGGUUCUGGAUCGAUCGGUGGUUGACAGAUGGUUUAAGACAAAUGAUGAGGACUCCUUCUCCAUGGCACGUAUGCUGAUCCGAGAAGAAGGUCUAUUGUGCGGAGGCAGUUCUGGCAGUGCUAUGUAUGCAGCUGUAGAAGCCGCUAGAGAACUGAAAGAAGGGCAGAGGUGUGUGGUGAUCCUGCCAGACUCCGUGCGCAACUACAUGUCCAAGUUUCUUAGUGACAAGUGGAUGACGCAGAAACAGUUCCUGAAGGUGGAGGAUCUGGAGGGGAGGAAACCUUGGUGGUGGAAUGUGAAGGUCUCAUCUCUCACUCUGUCUGCACCGCUUACUGUCCUUCCAUCUGUAAGCUGUGGCCAGACCAUCCAGCUGCUGCGAGAGAAGGGCUUCGACCAGGUACCCAUCGUGUCCGAGGCUGGGCUUGUCCUCGGAAUGGUCACGUUGGGUAACAUGCUGUCCUCUGUACUGGCUGGAAAGGUGAAGCCAUCAGACCCGGUCUCCAAAGUGAUCUACAAGCAGUUUACGCAGGUGCAUCUCAUGGAUAACCUGGGGAAGCUCUCCCGGAUUCUGGAGACCGAUCAUUUUGCUCUUGUGGUUCAUGAGCAGAUUCAGUCAGAUCACAAUGAUGGCUCCUCUAGUAAGAAGCAGAUGGUGUUUGGUGUGGUGACGGCCAUCGAUCUUCUAAACUUUGUGACCAGAGAGCGUGAGCGCCGUGUCAGUGAAUCCAGUGAUCGCGAUCUGAACGAGAGAGUGAGACAUUUCAGUGCCUCCUAAACAGUCUACUAGGAAGACCUCGCACACGAUCGUCGCUUGUCUGAUGCGUCAAACUCCUGCCUGUGUUGUCUGUCCCCUCAUCCAUCUUCGCAUGUCUUGUUUAUCAGAUGAGAAGGAAUUUUUGUUAUUUAGGUCACUUCUGAUUGGCUGUUACAUGAUCACUUUACUUUGGUUACAUGGUCAAUAAAAUAAGAUCCAACUCUGCA